AUGGUACGGAGGGAGCAGGGCUGGCAUUCUGGAGAUGCAGAAUGUGAACACCGGCAUCCGCACGGCUGCCCGGGCUCCAUGUGCGACAUGACUGCAGGCGGGUCUCUGGUGCAUGGUCCGUUGCCGGAGUGGGAGCUACAGAUGAAACAGGUAUGCAAUUGUGUGAACCCAGACUUAACUCUUCGAAUUGCUUCCCUUGCUGGCGAGAUCCUGGAGCUGGGAGUCAGGAAUGAUUGGACGAUCGCCCAGGUUAAAGCAAAGAUGGAGAGGGUCCACAACAUUUCGGCCGAGCAUGCAUGCCUCAGUUUUGGAGGAGUCCUUCUUCACGAUUCUCUCCAUGUCGAAAAGCUUCACUUCAAUGGAGAGUCUCCGCCAAUAUCUUGGAUCCGGCGACAUCCAGAUGUGGUUCACUGGUUGAAGCGCGUGAAUGCAGAUUGGGGGGAGAUUGGCCAAGCGCCAGACACUAUCCGCAAGUCUCCCGAGGUUAUGCUUGCAGUACUCCAUCAAGCACACCAUGCGAUCUGUCUUGCCGACACGGAGUUGCUGUGCGAUGCCGUCUUCCUGCAGCAGGCCUGCGAAAUGCGAAUCCAAGACGUAGCUGAUAUCCACAUGUUGCUGUGCUAUGCUAUCGCGGAAAGAGAUGACGAUCUUGCCAAGGCGGUGAUGAACUGCGAGGUCUAUCGGGAGUUAAAUGCUCAGGACUGUGUGGAUCUGGUGGUGUCCGUGGCUUCUCAAGGCAACGCUGCUGAAUCUGUGAAGCUUGAACUGAUGAAGCUGUUGCGUGACCGGAUUCCAGCAAAGUGCCUCGCAAAGGGUUUCAUCAGCAAAGCGGUUGUCGACAAAGACCUUGCAGUGGCUCUGAUAGAGUCCGAUCGAGCUGCAUCGAAGAACCCAGGGCCUUUUCGGAAAGAUCAAGGAAGGCUGCUAUUGAUGCCACCUGCACUGCAUCGUCAUGAUUUCGCAUGGCAGGUGCUGCUUAUGCACAAAGAGACUUUCUCAAGGGGCUCUUUUGAGCAAUUGCUCCGUUGUGUAAAAGAAGACAAAGUGCCACUGGACAACAGCCUGGUUUUUGUGUCAACAUGCUUAUCUUAUGGCCAACUCACAGCAGCUUCCAGGGCUUUUGGUCGAGCUGCAGACAGUGAUGCGAAAAUGGGUGCUCAGGUCGUGCUUGAAACGAAGCUUCCGCUGACAUCACUUUCAUAUAUCUCAUCUGCAGACAAGACUGCGCAGAUUUUCGAUCAUGUUCUGAGUGUCUGGGCACCAGCUGCGGCAACACUGCUACCCCUGAUGAGGCAGGACGAGCGUGAGAUCUUGCAGCUCCUGCGUUGGACGGAAUCCAGAAAGAUGUUGCCAAUUGCAACGUGCCACCGCCUGCAUGCAGUUCUGGACUUGAUACUUGAAGAGGAGGAGGGCACAGGAGACUCUGUUCAAGUUGGCAGGCUGUUGAUGCGUGCUUUCGUCGCCUGCUCUGUCCUGCAUUCGACCAUGACAGAGAGGCUUCCACUCGCCUGGCUUGAAGAUCUGCGAGGAGUCGAGAACGGGGAGAAGCUUGUGGCACAAGCUCUUUUGGGACAGUUGGAGCGCUGUUCCGAUGAGCGUCUGCUUGAAAAGAUGCCUCGGUUUUGGGACUGUGCGGUGUGGGCACAAGAGGAUGGCUGCACCUGUGAAAGGGCCGUCAGCUUGUUGAACAGGUGGUGCGCCAUUGCGCGUCAGGGUCCAAAGGACACGUCCUUUGCUCUGAAAGUCUUGUAUGGGCUCCCCCUGAUCUGCAUGAACAGGAAUGCUUUAUGCGACUUAACUGCCUUGCCAGUUCAAGUAGAAGCCAUCGUGGCAAACCAGCGGCUAGAUGCAGUGCUGCAGGGUCUGGAAAAAGCCCAGCAAGCUGCCGGAGCGGCACAAAAACUAGCUUCGGAGGCCCUCGCAGAAGCACGUGGAGCCAGCGGCCUCGCGCGCAAGGCCACGGAAGAGGCAAGCCAAGCCCGCAGCGCGGCAGAUCGGGCCGGCAAACAGGCGAGCGAGGCUCUCCGCGAAGCAUCACAAGCUCGCUCCGUUGCUACAGAAGCCUCAAAAGGGGCAGAUCGGGCCAGCAAACAAGCAAGGGACGCUGUUUACGAAGCAGGGCAAGCUCGCUCGGACGCACGUUGGGCAGUGGAUCAGCUUCGUUCCUCAGAGCCCAACCCUAAGGGCAAAGGUAAGUCCUCCCAUUGGUCGCAGGACGAGUGGAACAGCUAG